GAUAAAAUUACUCGGAAGUGGCUUUAGAAGUAAAAAAAAAAUUAAACGUUAUAAAUUAUGUGGUACUCAACGGUACAAAUUUAGAAAUUUGAUAAGGUUAAAAUUGCUUUUGAUUAAGAAUAAAGGUGGUAGUUGAGUGUCCACUUAACAAGAGUGAAGAGGGUGUGAAAAUGUACAAAAGGAACAUAUAAGAGUGAUAAUAGCGAAUUAAUUAUUAAAGGAAAAGCAAACUAAAAGUAAAACUGAAAAAAGAAAAAAAAAUUAAAAUGUUUUUACAGGGAACGCCUAGUGAAAGACGUUAAAACCAAGGUGGAACAAGAGAAACUGGGCAAACUUUUUCUGUAUACAGCGUUUGGGGUUGUAUUGACAAAUUAAAGUUAAUUGAAGCGCGAAAUUAAAGUUGAAUUAAAACAAAUAGGUGUUUGCAUUUGUUUUAAGUGUUGUGACCCUUCCCAGGUUGUUAAAUUGAUUUCAUCGGUUUUAUUUAAAAAAAAUUCCUUUGCAUUCCCAGUGGAAAAUAGGAGGCUUCAACUAGUAACUAGUGUGAUGUGUCUAGUCCUCUCUUUGGUGCAAACUGAAUUCUAUCAGUCAAGUAGUAAUGUGGCCACCAUUCUAGGUAGCUCGCUAUUGAUUUGAUGAUAUUAGAUGGUUGGAGGUAAUAGGCCACAGGAAGCCUUUCCUGACCUAAGUUUCAUGUUAGUUGGCGCUCACUAGUCAGCAAGGGGGUAUCUACAACCUUGAAGGAACACUCAUGUCCCUAUCUGAGAUUCAAACCGCCAGGUCACUCAGUGCUUCCUGCAGUCACAGAAGUUACCACCGCUGAGCUAUUCGGGCUCGCGAUUGACCUCCUUCUUGUACGACUGUAGUGGAUAUUUUAACUGGACACCAGUAACUAGUGUGAUGUGUCUAGUCCACUCUUUUUUUGGCGCAGACUGAAUUCUAUCAGUGAUGAAACCUAGAUCAGGCAAGGCUUCCUGUGGCCGAUUACCUCUAACCAUCUAGUAGUGGUAUUUCUUUUUUAUGCGGUGGGGUUGCUAGUCACAUGUCCCUCAACCUUCCCUAUUUAUGAGUCUUAUUGCCAGCUUAGUGAGAUAAAGGAGUGCAUCGGUGGCCUGGGGGAUUGAACCUCGAACCACAUGUGUGGGUGGCAAGCAUUCUAACGCUGUGCUAUCGAUGCAAUGAUUUCACUAUGUAUAGCAGUUAUUUGACCUAUAAAUAAAUAAAUCAAUAAACAGGGAAGUAAUUUUGAUAAAAUUUAAUCACAUUUUAUUUUAGAAAAAUGUAACCCUAUUCAUACCAAAAUUAUUAACACAUGUGAAUACUUUAACAAAUCUUUUUAGUUCAGUUUUCACUUCCUUGGGGAUAAAUUACCACAUAAAGAGCUUUUCAUCAGGUGCUUAUUCAGCCCUGUCAGAGCAUAGAUGAUUGCUGCCCAGCGAAAGUUCGACGUUGGCUUGGUAUUUUCAUUGCAAUUGUUGAUGUAUUCCUAUUCGGUGGUUAUCACUAUGGUUUCAAUUCCUUGGUUGAAGUUUACAAAUCAGUUGGUUUGUAUGCAUACAAUUGUACACAGGAUGGAUGUUUAUAUCAUGAAAAUAUGUUCGGUGUUGUCUUCAUUGUCUGGAUGGUAUCACAAAUGUGUCUUAUUGUACUGGCUGGCGUCCUCUUGGAUAUGGUAGGAUUAAGAAUAACAAAAAUACUGGCAACCAUACUAUUUUCUGCUGGUACGCUAAUGUUUGCAUUCACCAGUGCUUCGACUGUGCCUCUAUUCUAUGCUGCUGGGAUAUCAGUGGCUUUAGCGAGUAUAUGCAGUCUGAUAUGUAAUCAUCAAGUUAGUUCGAUGUUUCCACAUAUACGUGGAUUGUGUAUAUCAUUGAUUUCUGGAGCGUAUGAUUCAAGUACUGUGAUCGCCUUUAUCAUAUCAUUGACAUAUAAAUCAUUCCCGUUUAAAUGGUCAUUUAUAAUAUUGGCUAUCUUCGCAGUGUUUGUUGGAAUUUUUGUGGCACUCUUCAUUCUUACAAGGUAUUCAAGAGAUAUGGGGAAGUAUGCUGCUUCCAGUAAAAAAGAAGAGGUCGACUUCUCUGAGAAUUCAUUGACCGGCGGCGAUGUACCAAAAUUAGAUAUCUACAAUGAAAUAUCCGUAUUACUGGAUGAACGUUUUCCAUCCCUGAAAAGUUGUGUCUUCUCACUACCCUACCUGUUAAUCAAUAUUUGGUUUACUCUAGGUUUAUUUCGUUUCUCAUUUUAUUUAACUCAUUUUGUCAAGCAUAUUACCGCUAUGUUUAUCACUGAUCCAACGCUUAAGGUGCAUCUGCUAACUGUAUCUUCAGCAUUCUUUCUGUGUGGAUUUCUUGUAGCACCAAUCACUGGUACUAUCAUUGAUUAUUUUCUUCGUAGAGCUCGACAAAAAAUUGAGAGAUGUUAAUUCUUAAAAAAGAUUUAUACUAUCCGAAUAAAAUCUAUUAUACUCUGUUGGGUGGAUUAAUUCCAGCGUUCAGCCUGAUGGCUGUCUUUGCUGUCCUCUUGAGUAUCAUGAUGUUUAUACCACACUCUGUAGCCUGUUAUGCUGCAUUCAUAUUUGUAGUUGUUGUUAGAUCACUGUUAUUCAGUACAUUUAUUAGUUUCCUUCUAUCUGCCUUUCCAAUACGUUAUUUUGGUACACUGAAUGGAAUAUCUAAUGCCCUGGCUGGAAUAAUCAGUCUGUUACAGUAUGCUUUCUUGGAGACUUCUACUCUGGUUGAUAAUAUUGUCACUUUAUUAUUGUCAACAGGUAUAUUUUUCAUACCGAUUGUAUUUUUAAUUCUUUCUAAGAAGAAAUGACUUUCGCCCUGGAUUAUUUUGUGGUAGUGUGUUUAUUCUCCAUGCAAACGACAAUCAUGAAGUUCUUUUCAUUUAUUUCAAUAUUAUAUUAUAUGAUACAUAUAUAUAUAUAUUUUUCUGUCAUUGAAAGUAUUGAACAGAGAAAUAAACGUUGAAAAUGAUUCCCA